AUGAAUUGGGCGGAGUUUAAAGAAACCAACACGUAUUACUGGACUUCCGGAACUAACGACGGUUUUGGUUGCGAGUUGACCUACGGUUUUUGCAGCACAAACACGCUUCUGUACCAAAAUUUCUCCAACUGGAGCCCAAAUGAGCCGUCUCAUCCAUUAACUGAGCGAUGCGUCACAAUUAAAUUAGACGUGGCUCCACAAAAUAUUGGUUUUAACGACCUCACAUGCAGUAACACCCAAAAUUUCAUAUGCAAAGGAGUAGUUCCUGAUUGCACCCCAACUUGUCCUAGUAAAUCAAAUUGCAAAAAUGAUACAACAUUAUUCAACUCUAAAGGAGAAAUUCUCGAAACCCUCAAUUACGGACGGUAUGCAACAGGCUGCGGCAAAUCUUUCAUGUUUUCUGUGAACACGUUGAGUUGGGACGCGGCAAAUACAAUGUGUUGCAGAUUAGGGAUGCAGUUGGUUUCAAUUGAGGACGACGCCAAGAUGAGAUGCAUUUACGAGCUCAACAAAAAUGACACACUGCUGAAAUACACUUCAGAGUUUUGGACCAGCGGCACCCAACUAGAUUGCAACUUCCGCUACAAGUUCUGCUCGUCAGGCGCGUCCAUCCUCAGAAACGACACGAAAUGGUUGGCUGGAGAACCUAAUAAUAUUGACGAAACCCAGUGGUGUGUUGCGUCCCGCUUUGCUCCCACAGCAACCUUAGCAAAAGAUCAAAAUUACCUCUUUGAUGCAGCUUGUGGCACCAGUUAUAAAUAUAUUUGCGAAAUGCCGGCAAAACCUUGUAAUGCAGUCAGCUGUUACGACUACAACAACAUCACCGAUCCAGCAAAAGUGAGCCAGUUUAAUGCUAUGAGCGGACCAGACGGACAGUUUCGAACAUUCUGUGGUCGAAAAUAUUUUCUUCAUAAAGAUUCCAAAAGUUACAAAGAUGCAUACAAUGAGUGCAGCAAGUUUGGAAUGGAACUUGUGUCUAUGGAGACAAAUGCAGAGGCAGUUUGCAUCAAAAAUGGCUUUCUGAGUGCGUAUUGGUACCCAAUGAAUUUGUGGAGUUCAGGCACUUCGAAUGGAGUUGGAUGCGUUCGAUCAUAUGGUUGGUGUCCCAGUGGAACAUUGAUUCCUGCAAACGCUCCGUGGUCUACGAAUCAACCCGACGGUCCUUACGUCGAAUCCUGCCUGGAAUUUGAUGUUGAUCAAAACAUUUUUGUAUUCAAUGAUAACAGCUGCUGGAGAUUAAUGAGAUUCCUUUGCGAGCAACGCUCUUGAUGAGAAAAAAAUUUACAGUGAGCAACUGUAAAGGAUUGAUUUUAAAUUCUAAAAUAAGUUUUUAUUUUAAUUAUGUUUAUGAUGUUUGAUUAAAAUUUCAUAAAAAUAGAAGCACA